AUGUACCUUGGGUCAUUACGAAACGCUGUAUGGAGGGCCCAUUUUUUUCUCCCCUGUCGACGGAUAUCCGGGGUCCUAGAGAUUUCGGGGUCGUGUGCGGCUCCUGGGACCCCGAAUAACCGGCGACCAUGGAAGGAAAUGAAAAAGGGCCCGCCGCACAGCGUUUCGUAUUGACCCAAGGUAUAUGUGUGCAAAGUUUCAUAGUCUAACUCAUAAAAACGGCGUGAAGUUUUCAGCUCUUGUGCCAUGAAGUAUUUCGCAUCCUGAAUUUCCCCAAACUACUUGAUUAAUUAUGAAACGGCGAAAUUCAGGUUCUUUUGACGCCCAAACGACCCCAUUUCAUCAGUUUAUCGAAUUAGUUCAUGAAAGUUCAUAGAGACGGUCUUUGGAAUAUGUAGGUAAGGUAGAAUCAAGAAAAAAAAAAUC